ACACUCCUCCAUCCAUGAGUGCGGAAUCUCGCUGUAUCUGAAGAAGAAGUGCUGGGGGAGGCCGACGAUAUCGGAUUUAUCGACAAAACAACAAGAAGUUGGUGUUCCCGAACAUACACCGAUUUAUACAGGGAAAUUCGGCUCUAAUAAACCCGCUUUCGAGGGUUUUGAUUGGUUUUGAUCUGCCGACCGAAGUGGCGAAGGGGGUAAAAGUUUUUCCUCUACCUUCAUUACGCACGAGCGCAAACAAAACCCGCACGGGUGGGAUUUCCACAGGGAAAAACGUGCAGACUCGGUGAGAAAAUCGGCAUUUGGGUGAUGUGAGUGAAUUUUAGACGUUAUGUUACUUCACGAAACCAUCUUAAAGACGAGCACGCGCUUCUACUGAGGAUUUUGUUCACCAGUUUCAGACGAUUUUCCGGCGAGUUAAAGAAAAACUGAGCAACAUCUGAAGAGUUUUCAUUUAAAAACAAACAAACAAAGACUAAACUUGCGAACAAGCAAGAAAUGUGGAGUUUCAUCAAUUGAUUAUUGUGGAGACGGUGUUUUAUAACUUCUGAAUCUGUUCUGGAUUGAAUCUUUCCUCACAGGAUUUGCUUCAGAAAGUGCUGAUGUCCUAGUUGAUCUCAUGGAGAGCUGGGCUGGAUGUGGAGUUCAGAUGUAGAGAAUCUUUGAUGAUAAUGAUGAAGAUGAUGAUGAUAAUGAGGAAUACGCUGCUUCUGAUAUCAGUACUGUUAACUCAGGCUCUUCAGUCGCAGGGCAGACCAGCCAUCCAAGAUGAGGCCCCAGCUGAGCCCACAUCGUACACUCUGGAAUCAGGAGAGAAACUGGAGCUGUCCUGUAAAGCUAAAGAGGACACACAGAAAGUGACCUGGACCAAGGACCUCGUUCCACUGGCUGACGGAGAACACACACGCCUGCGCAACGAUCAGAUGGAGAUCGAGAAAGUCGAGCCGGCCGACUCUGGUCUGUAUGCUUGCUUUGCUCAGGAUCUCAACAGCAACCAUACAGAUUACUUUAACAUCAGUGUUACAGAAGAUGAAGAAGAGGAGGUCGAUUCUUCCUCAGAGGAGGCCAAGCUAUCAAGUGACCAAAAUCUUCCGAUGGCACCCGUCUGGGCUCAACCCGAUAAGAUGGAGAAGAAGCUACAUGCGGUUCCUGCCAGUAAAACCGUGAAGUUUCGUUGCCAGGCCAAUGGAAAUCCUACACCGACGCUCAAGUGGCUUAAAAACGGCAAAGAGUUUAAGAGAGACCAGCGAAUAGGAGGCUUCAAGGUACGAGAGCACAUGUGGACCAUCAUAAUGGAGUCAGUGGUGCCGUCAGACAGAGGCAACUACACCUGUCUGGUGGAAAACAGACACGGCAGCAUCAAUCACACGUACCAGCUGGACGUAGUCGAGCGUUCACCGCACCGGCCGAUUCUCCAGGCUGGUUUGCCUGCGAACCGCACCGCAGUGGUGGGCAGUGAUGUGGAGUUCGAGUGUAAAGUGUUCAGCGAUCCUCAGCCUCACAUUCAGUGGCUGAAACACAUCGAGGUGAACGGCAGCAGAUACGGACCUGACGGAUUGCCAUAUGUUCGGGCCUUAAAGAACUCUGGGGUCAACAGCUCGGACACACAGGUCUUGACCCUGUACAACGUGACCGAAGAACAAAGCGGAGAGUAUAUAUGUAAAGUGUCCAAUUAUAUAGGCCAAGCCAACCAGUCCGCGUGGCUCACCGUGGUUAAACACUUACAAGCCGUCCCCCCGACUCAGCUACCCAAUCAGACGUACCUGGAGGUGCUGAUCUACUGCGUGGGCUUCUUCCUCAUCUGUGUGAUGGUGGGGACCGCCGUUCUGGCCAAGAUGCACAGCUCGGCCAAGAAAAGCGACUUCAACAGCCAGCUGGCCGUCCACAAGCUGGCCAAGAGCAUCCCCCUGCGCAGACAGGUGUCUGUGGACUCCAGUUCAUCUAUGCAUUCGGGUGGGCUGUUGGUCCGUCCGUCUCGUCUGUCCUCCAGCGGCUCCCCGAUGCUCUCAGGGGUCUCUGAAUACGAGCUGCCCCAGGACCCACGCUGGGAGGUGCAAAGAGACAGGCUGGUUCUCGGGAAGCCUCUUGGUGAGGGUUGCUUUGGGCAGGUGAUGAUGGCUGAGGCGAUGGGAAUGGAUAAAGACAAACCCAAUAGAAUCACCAAAGUGGCCGUCAAGAUGCUCAAAUCGGACGCCACGGAGAAGGACCUGUCAGACCUGAUCUCUGAGAUGGAGAUGAUGAAGAUUAUUGGCAAACACAAGAACAUCAUCAACCUGCUGGGAGCCUGCACACAAGACGGUCCGCUGUACGUCAUCGUGGAGUUUGCUGCUAAAGGUAAUCUGCGAGAGUAUCUGCGCGUGCGGCGACCACCAGGGAUGGAGUACUGCUAUAACCCUGACCAGGUGCCCGUGGAGAACAUGUCCAUUAAAGAUCUGGUGUCCUGCGCAUAUCAGGUGGCCCGAGGAAUGGAGUACCUCGCAUCCAAGAAGUGUAUUCACAGAGACCUGGCCGCUCGUAAUGUGCUGGUGACGGAAGAUAACGUUAUGAAGAUCGCAGACUUCGGCCUGGCCAGAGACAUCCAUCAUAUUGAUUACUACAAGAAGACCACCAAUGGUCGUUUGCCGGUGAAAUGGAUGGCUCCCGAAGCUCUGUUUGACCGCAUUUACACCCAUCAGAGUGACGUCUGGUCUUUUGGGGUGCUGCUGUGGGAGAUCUUCACUCUGGGGGGCUCUCCGUACCCCGGCGUUCCCGUCGAGGAGCUCUUCAAGCUGCUGAAGGAAGGACACCGCAUGGACCGACCCUCCACAUGCACACAUGAGCUGUAUAUGAUGAUGAGAGAUUGUUGGCACGCCGUCCCGUCUCAGAGACCCACUUUUAAACAGCUGGUGGAGGAUCUGGACCGCACCCUCUCCAUGACGUCCAAUCAGGAGUAUCUGGACCUGUCCGUAUCUCUGGACCAGUUUUCUCCAAACUUCCCGGACACUCGCAGCUCCACCUGCUCCUCAGGUGAAGACUCAGUGUUUUCUCAUGACGCCGGAGCCGAUGAGCCCUGUUUGCCCAAAUUCCCACCCCAUCCCAACCGAGGAGUGGCCUUUAAAAAGCGCUGAGGACUCAUUUACUCCGUGUGUGUGUAUGUGUGUGCAGACUCAUGAACUCUGGGAGAAACACAUACAGCUGCACACAAAACCGCCAAGAGUUCGAGUGCUUGAAAUACGGACUAUCACUGCUCCUGAAACACUGGAGGACAGAAAGCGGUACUCAAAUGUUCUCAAAACUCAAAUACAUGCGACACUGUAUGAUCUCCAGAUUGACGACCAUUGGGAGCGUUGAUGUUUUUUAUCGCUGUUUAUUUUAGCAUCCAAAUCGUUACGAAACAAACUGAGAUCCACUUAAAUGGUCCGCCCGAAUGUAUUUUUACCAACGGGUUCAUCUGACUUGACCUCCUUUCCUGUAAAUACAUCUAGAAAUGUAUAAAUAUGAAUAUAUAUUUACACUCUACCCCUAUUUUUAUUACACUAUUGGUUUUUGUACCAGGAUGAGUUCAUGUAGAUCUUUUUUUUCAAGUGUAGUUUGUUUUUUUGAAAGGGACGAUGAAAUGAGAUUAUAUUAUUAAGAGCUGAUAGGCGCCCAGUUUUCUUAACGAAUUAAUGAUUUUUUUUUAUCAUCGACGCAGCUAGUGGCUCAAUAACUGCUGCUAUCUUCUGAUGGUACUCGCUACGACGUCAGAAUUAAGCUAUAUGGAUAUUUGUAUUGAAUGGCGGUUCAUGUCUUAAAGGAACACUCCACCUUUUUAAAAAAAGGCUCAUUGCACAACUUCCCUAAAGGUAAACUUGUUGAUUUCUAGCAUUUUUAAAUCAUUUCAGACAAUUUCCGGGUCUGACGGAAGUACUUUAGCUUAGCUUAGCAUAGAUCAUUGAAUCAGAUUAGACCGUUAGCAUUGUGCUCAAUAAUGAGUUUUGAUCAUUUUCUUAUUUAAAGUUUCACUGAUCUGUAGUUACAUCAUGUAGUAAGACUGUGAAUCUUCUGUACUAAGAAAAGGAAAUGUUAGUAUUUUCUAGGUCGAUACGGUUAGGAACUAUACUCUCAUUCUGGCAUAAUUUUCAAGGAAUGUUGCUGCUGUACAAUGGUUGCAGCAGACACAAUAAUAUUACACAGGAUCAAGCUUUAAAUAUCACAAAUCUGGUCAUUUUUGAAUGAGAUGCUAAUGGUCUAAUCCGAUUCAAUCAACUAUGCUAAGCUAAGCUAAAAACGAACUUCCAGAUCUAGAAAUUUGCUGAAUUGGUAAAACUCCUCUGUUCAACUCUAAGGGAGUUGUAAAAUUGUUCAUGUCCUAAAGGAACGCUCCACCUUUUUUUGCUCAUUUUCAACUUCCCUUAAGUUAAACUUGUUGAUGUUUUUAUCAUUUUUGAAUUCAUUUAGCCAAUCUCCGGGUCUGGCGGGAGCACUGUUAGCUUAGCUUAGCAUAGAUCAUUGAAUCGGAUUAGACCGUUAGCAUCUCAUUCAAAAAUGACCAGAGUUUUGAUCAUUUUUAAAUUGAAAGCUUGACUUUUCUGUAAUUACAUUGUAAAUAAAGACUGACAGAAAUGAAAAGUUGGUAUUUUCUAGGCUGAUAUGACUAGGAUCUAUACUUUUUCUGACAUCAUAGUCAAAGAACUUUACUGCUGUACCAUGAUUGCAGCAGGCGCAAUGAUAUUACACAGCAUCAAGCU